UCUCAACUCAGGACAAGAAAGCAAAGCAGGACAACAUUAGAUAUGGAGUCAGCAAAUGCUUAUAUAAUUACGCCUCCAUCGAGCGUUGCAGAGCUCUCUCCACCGCUCACGCCAAAGCAGCAAGCGGAAUCGGAAGCCUACAUUUCUGACGCAGAUCUCCCACCAGCCUUGAACCCAGACACAGACCGUCCAGUCGAUGCUGAUAUCGAAGAUAACUAUGUACAAAGAACACUAGCAAAUGCUAAACCAAAGCCACCAAUUACUUGGUCAACACUCCUUGGAGAGAUAAACUAUAUCUCCACAGCACUCAUUGCUGGCGUACCAUUGAUAACGAUUUACGGUGCAAUGACGACAGAAUUGAAGUGGCAAACAGCCAUUUUCAGUGUACUUUACUACUUCUUCACUGGUUUAGGUAUUACUGCGGGAUAUCACAGAUUAUGGGCUCACAGAGCAUACAACGCAUCAACACCACUUCAAUAUUUCCUUUGUCUCGCUGGAUCGGGAGCUUGUGAAGGUUCAAUUAAGUGGUGGUCCAGAGGUCACAGAGCUCAUCACAGAUACACAGACACUGAACUUGACCCUUACAACGCCCACCGCGGUUUCUGGUACUCGCACGUCGGAUGGAUGUUAGUCAAGCCACGUAUCAAGCCAGGUGUAGCUGAUAUUUCAGAUUUGAUUAAGAACCCAGUUGUUAGAUUCCAACAGAAGCAUUACGUCAAGUUGCUCUUAACAAUGGGCUUCAUUGUUCCAACUGUCUUACCUGGUUUAUUGUGGGGCGAUUACCGCGGUGGUUACUUCUACGCUGGUGCUGCUCGCUUAUUGUUCGUCCAUCACUCUACAUUCUGCGUUAACAGUUUGGCUCAUUGGUUGGGUGAACAGCCAUUCGAUGACAAGAACACACCAAGAAAUCACUUCAUUACUGCUUUAUGUACUGUUGGUGAAGGUUACCACAACUUCCACCAUCAAUUCCCAAUGGAUUUCAGAAACGCUAUCAGAUGGUACCAAUAUGAUCCAACCAAGUGGUUCAUCAGCGUUUGUUACGCAUUGGGAUUAGCCAGUCACUUGAAGAUGUUCCCAUCAAACGAGAUUAAGAAGGGUGAAUACACUAUGGAAUUGAAGAGAUUGGAGAGAGUCGGAGAAGAGAUUAAGUGGCCAAUUGAUUCAAAUGAGUUGCCAGUCAUCUCCUGGACAUCAUUCCAAGAACAAGCUAAGGAGAGACCAUUGAUCUUGAUUCAUGGUUUCAUUCACGACGUUUCAUCAUUCAUGGAUGAGCAUCCAGGUGGAAAGCACUUACUUUCAAAGCAAAUUGGUAAAGAUGCAACGACUGCUUUCUUUGGUGGUGUUUACGACCACUCAAACGCAGCCCACAAUUUACUUGCAAUGAUGAGAGUUGGUGUUCUCGAUGGUGGUAUGGAAGUUGAAGUACUCAAAAUCGAGGAAGCACAAGCAAAGAAGAAAGAACAAGCGCUUGCGAUUGUCAAGGAUAUUGAGAAUGAAGAUGAGCGUAGAGUCGCACACGAGAAAGCAAUGCAAGAUGUCAAAAGGAUCGAAGAGGAAAUGCAAAGUGCCUUGCUAAGAUCACCACCAGAGCAUAUCAGAAAUAAGAAAGCACAGGAUUACUUCCCACCUUCACAACAACUUCACAUAAGGAAAGCAAAGUGAGGGUUUGUUUCAAAACAUUUACGAUUUUUUCUUUUUGGUUAUCGAGCAACGUGUAUUUUGCUUUUUGCUUUUAUUGAUUAUAUAAGUACAUUCAUUAUAGUAAAAAAAUAUUAUUCUUCAAUUAAAUCCUCCUCAUCGAACUGAUCUUGGUCGUUCUUUUGUGAUUGAUGUUGACGUAAUUUAGCUAGGUAUAUCUUCAAAACUUGGCUGUAAUUUUCGAAUCCGAGAGCAGACAUUGAGUGUAUAAGGUCUUCUCCAUUGAUAGUCUUUCUCUUCUCUAAUAAACACCUGUCUUGUGCCUCAGAAGUGAUGAAAGAGAUAAACUCCGAAACGCAUUCUUGCACGGAUUCUUUAGCUUCUUUAGCAAUUUUAACGUUAUCAGGUAGAGAUCUCUUCAUUAUCCUCGCCACAUUCGCUAUAGGUAAAAACCUAUCUUGCUCUUUAAAUUGACCUAAUUCAGUCUCUGUAAAGUUUGGCGUCUGACUUAGUGGCUCUAUUGGACCUAUAGGAACAGACAUCUCUUGAUAGUCAACAGUCAAGAGAUGU